UUCUACCAUUCCACCUCAACUCGGCCAACUUCCCCAUCUGCGGGUACUCUGGCUCCAUUCCAAUCAAUUACAAGGAACCAUUCCCUCCUCUCUAUCAGCCUGCCGCAGAUUGUAUUACCUGACCCUCUCCUAUAACCAACUGCAUGGCAGCAUUCCGCCUGAGCUGAGUCUCCUCACAAGAUUGAAGUUCCUCUACUUGAGAGUAAACAAUCUCGCCGGUGUCAUUCCCCCUUCUUUCAAAAACCUGUCCGCCUUAGUUGAAUUGGAUUUGGCUGCAAACCAUCUCACAGGCCCCAUUCCCCUUGAAUUGGGCAUUCUCACUCACCUGCAGGGACUUUACCUUUUUAAAAAUGACUUAUCAGGCACCAUUCCCAGCUCUUUAGGAAAUCUGUCUGCCUUGACUAGAUUAUAUUUGUACAAAAACCAUCUCCAAGGCCACACAGCCCCUAAAUUGGGUAUGCUCACUCACCUCCAGCAUCUUUACCUUUUUACAAAUGACUUAUCAGGUACCAUUCCUUAUUCUUUAACAAAUCUCUCGAAAUUGACAAGAUUAGAUCUAUCUGAAAACCAGCUCAGUGGACAUAUUCCACUGGAAAUCGGUACCAAGCUCUCCAAUUUGCAAUUUCUCUGUUUAUGGGCAAAUCAGCUUAGUGGAAAAAUACCAAACUCACUUGGAAAUUGUUCAAACCUCACAGAACUUUUUUUAUCUAAAAACCAGCUCAGUGGAAUCGUACCGAUGGAACUAGGUAAGUUGAACCUCCUUACCAGGAUUCAACUACGGGCCAAUCAACUUGUUAGUGACAGCAGUAACACAUUGUCUUUUCUAACUUCUCUCACCAAUUGCUCCCACUUGCAAGGAAUAGGAGUGUCGGAUAAUCAUCUCACUGGUAUGUUACCCCCAUCCAUAGGCCAGCUGUCUUCCAAUCUCAAUCUCUUGAAUUUAUCAAACAACAUGAUAAGCGGAAGCAUAACACAACAGAUUGUCAAUCUAACAAACUUAGCCUAUUUAGGUUUAAGCAAUAAUCUUUUCAGUGGCAAUGUUCCAUCUGGAUUUAAAAGAUUCCAGAAGUUGGAGAGAUUGUGUCUGGAUGGGAACAAAUUAGAAGGAAGCAUUCCAAGUGAGAUAGGUCAAAUGCAACAUCUCGGACUCCUAGAUCUUAGUUACAACCGGCUAUCUGGAAAAAUACCAGAUUCUCUUUGUAGCGCCCAACAGCUAAGACGUCUUUUACUUCAGCACAACAACUUGUCAGGGGAGAUCCCUGUUAGUUUAGCACAAUGUCAGAAGUUGGAGCUCAUUGACUUAUCUUACAAUAAAUUACGGGAAAGGAUACCUCCUGAUUUCAUUGCCAGCCUUAAAAAUCUGGUAUUCUACCUCAAUCUUCAUGGAAUUCUUUGGAAGGUUCCUUGCCACUGGAGAUAAGUAAAAUUGUAAUGUCUCAAGCUAUAGACAUCUCUGGAAAUCGACUUACUGGGGUGCUUCCGAGUUCUCUUGGAGACUGCACAGCAUUAGAGCAUCUAAAUCUGUCCCACAAUGCCUUUGAAGGUCCAAUCCCAGAUUCACUCUCCAAAUUACAAAAUCUCCAAGAAAUGGAUCUUUCUAGCAAUUCUUUAUCAGGUUCAAUACCAUUGUCCAUUCAAAGGCUGAAAGCACUUCAGUACAUGAAUGUUUCUUUCUAUAAUUUGUCAGGGGAGAUUUCAGCAGGAGGGUUGUUUCCAAAUAGACCUGUUAUAACAUUGUUUGUGGGAAACCCUGGCCUCUGUGGCCCAACCAAUUAUUCAUUGCCUCCAUGCCUAAAGAAGACUCAAGAAAAGCAUUCACUGCUUAAAAAAAUAGUCUUAUCAGUUGUUGGAACCAUUGCACUUAUAUUGUGCUUCUCUGUCUUAGGAAUUCUAUGGAGACAUAAAUUUUCAAGCCAAUUAUUCCAUCCCUCAAACUUUAUUUUUCAAAGGCUUAGCUAUCCAAAAUUUUCUUAUCAAGAUCUUGUCAUUGCAACAGCCGCAUUUGAUGAGUCAAACUUGCUUGGAGUGGGUAACUUCGGAUCAGUUUACAAAGGCAUUUUGAGGGAUGGUAAGAUAGUUGCAAUCAAGGCUCUUAAUUUGCAGAAUGAAGAAGCUCAUAAGAGCUUUAACACAGAAUGCAAAGUAUUAGGCAGUAUUCGGCACCGUAACCUGAUCAAAAUCAUAAGUGCAUUUUCCUACCCUGGCUUCAAAGGUUUAGUUCUUCAAUUUGCAUCGAAUGGGAGCUUGGAGAAACAUUUACAUCCUGACAGAGAUGAUCAGGAAAUUUGUAAAUUGGGAUUUAAGGACUGUUUGAGCAUUGCUGUGGAUGUUGCCCAUGGCAUGGAAUAUUUACAUCAUGAUUGCCCUUUUCAAAUUGUGCACUGUGAUUUAAAACCUAGCAAUGUGCUGCUGGACGCCAACAUGACAGCCCUUGUGACUGAUUUUGGUAUAUGCCGUUUGACUGCUACAAAUUCCAUAGAUUCAUUUAGUGCAACAACACUUGCACUCAAAGGAUCUAUUGGCUAUAUUGCUCCAGAGUAUGGUCUGGGGGGAGGUGUUUCCACGAAGGGAGAUGUUUACAGUUAUGGAAUUCUGAUACUAGAGAUGGUUACAAGGAAGAGGCCAAGUGAUGACAUGUUUGUGGGAGACCUGAACUUGCAGAAGUGGGUAAGUUCAGCAUUUCCAAACGAACUGGCAGAUAUUGUUGAUAGCGGGCUAUUGAGAGAUGUCAAUGAAAACAUGGAAGACAAUAGAUGUCUUCUGUCUUUCAUUCAUGUUGGUUUGCUUUGUAGCAGUGAAUCAAUAAGAGAACGACCUUCCAUGAGAGAUGUAGCCAGGUUUUUGGAGAAUCUCAAGACAUCUUUCAUGGGAGGUGCAGUUGCUUCCAAUUUAACAUCUACCAUAUCAGACCUCCUGCGCAAUACCAAUCGCGCAGAAAUAUUGGCAUCUGACAAUCAAAGUUCUACAUUUUAGAUAUUUAUAAGUUCCAUUGGUAAGUUUUAGUCAUUUAUGUUUGCUAUUUUCAACUUUGUUUCUUUUAAUGCAAAAUCUUCCUUAGGAUAAAUUCUAGUUCUUUGAGUCUGCAACGCGUUCCAAUUCAUGUAUAUGCAUUAGACUACUUUGAGAGUGGAUAAUGUUGUCUAUAUCUGAAAUAUUGCAAAACCUGUAAUAUACUGUUGUAUUCAAAUCACUUUCUCUCAUAAUAGUCUAUCAGGCCGUGCUUAACAUUCUUGGUUUUGUAU